CGCUGCCGAGAUCUACAAAGUGCGUCUCAACACGAUAAACGCAGUGUAGAGCACUUUAGGAGGAGCUACUGCCUCUACACCUCACUUGACAAGUGGAGCAGCCAUCAACAUCAACUCCACUUCAGAGAGUAAAAACUUAAGGAGAGGACAGCGGCUGAGCGAAGCCUCGUCACCGCGACGCAUCCGACUUUCUGGAGACUAUGGACAGGAGAAUAAACUUGGGCGGAGACAUUUUUCACAAAACUCUCAGUGCCGUCUCGAGCAAAAAGAUGGACUCGUUUCGACCGGCUGCGGGUAUUGAUCUUUCCGCCCGGGACAGCCAGUCGCCUAUCAGCUGUUUCGAGCAGAACGACCCGGACCCGGUGCAGCCCGGGGGUCGAGCGGGCACGCUGGGUCUGCCGACCGGAUCUUUGUGUGUGAAAUACGGCGAGAGCGCUAACAGGACUUCAGGCGCGGAAAGCAGCGGUGGCGAGCAAAGCCCGGACGAUGACAGCGACGAGCGGUGCGAGAUGAUGCUCAUGACGGACGGCAGAACGGCGGUGCCCGGCGCAAAGUCCGAGGGAGGUAAGAAAAACAAAGAGCAGAAAAUGCUGAGACUAAACAUCAACGCCCGGGAGAGACGGAGAAUGCACGAUCUGAACGAUGCGCUCGAUGAGCUGCGCGCGGUCAUCCCUUACGCGCACAGUCCGUCUGUACGGAAACUCUCCAAAAUCGCCACCUUGCUCUUAGCCAAAAAUUACAUCCUCAUGCAGGCGCAGGCGCUGGAGGAGAUGAGACGGCUGGUUGCGUAUCUCAACCAAGGCCAGGCUAUCUCAGCAGCCUCGCUGCCCGCGACCACUGCUCUCACGCCGGGUUUAAGCGCAUACGAGCAGCCGGCUGGUUACCCGUUCCCCGCAGGAGUUGCAGCAUCCUCCUGUCCAGACAAAUGUGCCCUUUUCAACAAUGUCACCUCCAGCCUGUGUAAGCAAUGCACUGACAAGCCUUAAACUCUGCAGCGACUGACUCUGGUAGAAGCACAUGUGCAACUUUUGACUCUGAGAAAACAAAAAAGAGAGAGAGACUGAUGUUUGCCAGCGGUUUUACAAUAGAAGAAUGCUAAAACUUUUCUUACAACUUCAUUCCAACAAACACUGAUUGUGUACAUAAUGGUAUAGCCUAUACUUUAAGUGCUGGUGAGCGUGGGAUUAAAACCAAACAAAGUCUAUGUCUGAUGAUGAAGAAUGAACAGCUAAUUAAUGUGGACCCUUCAGAAUGACCUGACAACAUGCAACCAUGUUUUACCUUGUUUAUGAUGCCAAACUUUUGAACUCUACCUUGCAAUAAUACGUGCUACUUUCAAUUUAUGUUUUGUAAAUGUUUGCUUUCAAGUGACAUCUGUAUUUUAAAAGCAUCGGCUUGAAGGAGAAGCAGCGUAUUGGACUUUAUUCCAAAGUAGCCUACGUGUAAUUUCCCGAAAGCUUAGCUGAGAUUGUUGAUUUAAAAAAAUGUAAUAUAACUAAUAUAUUGUUAGUUUGGUGGACUCUUUAAGAAAAGUUGUUUUGCUUUUUUUUUUAUAUUUCUCUAAAUGGAUGGGUCUGCAUGCCUGGUCUGAUUAUGCAUCGUCAUCAUUGCUGUAAAUCUCGCCGAUUUGGCUUUUUAUUAUAAACACACACAAGCGGUUUGGCAAUAUAGGGACUUGGAGGUUUUAACUUGUUGUCAGGUCGAGACUUGAAGCAGUGUAGAUAUAUUAGUUUCAAUAUGAGGGGCAUUUGUAUGUGUU